GCGUGAGUUGGGCGGGGCGCCGCGCUGACGUUGCCCCGGGAUGCGGGCAGGUUCCGCAGCCGUCUUCGCCGCCACCGCCUCUCCUGCCACCGGGGUUUGUAUGAAAACACCGGGCGGCGGGCGGCGGGCGGCGAGGGACCCUCCUCCGUGCGGUCCGGGAGUCGCGGGCGGAGGCCGAGCGCAGUCCCCGCCAGCGCCCACGCCGAGCCGCAUUACCAAUAGUUCUCGGGUUGUCGGGCUCUUGGCUCAGCUGGAGAAGAUCAAUACGGACCCCACAGAGUCGGAUAAUGUCAGAUAUGUCACAUCCAAGAUUCUGCAUCUGGCCCAAAGUCAAGAAAAAACAAGGAGGGAAAUGACAACCAAAGGUUCUACGGGCAUGGAAGUUCUGUUGUCAACAUUGGAGAACACGAAAGAUCUUCAAACUAUACUUAAUAUCUUAAGCAUUCUUGUCGAGCUGGUAUCUUCUGGUGGAGGCCGAAGAGCAAGUUUCUUAGUUGCCAAAGGUGGUUCACAGAUACUGUUACAACUGCUAAUGAACGCCAGCAAAGACUCCCCUCCCCAUGAGGAGUUGAUGGUACAGACUCAUUGCGUCCUCGCAAAGAUCGGACCCAAAGAUAAAAAGUUUGGAGUGAAGGCUCGAGUGAAUGGGGCACUGAAUGUCACCCUAAAUUUGGUCAAGCAGCACUUUCAGAACUAUCGCUUGGCUCUCCCUUGUCUUCAGCUCUUGCGCGUGUAUUCUACCAACUCUGUGAACGCAGUAUCUUUAGGUAAAAAUGGAGUUGUGGAGCUGAUGUUUAAAAUCAUUGGACCUUUCAGUAAGAAGAACUCGGGUCUUAUGAAGGUUGCUUUAGACACUCUUGCUGCAUUGCUAAAAUCAAAAACAAAUGCCAGGAGAGCCGUAGACAGAGGAUAUGUUCAAGUGCUUUUAACAAUUUAUGUAGAUUGGCACCGCCAUGAUAACCGGCACAGAAACAUGCUUAUUCGGAAAGGAAUUUUACAGAGCUUAAAAAGUGUCACAAACAUCAAAUUGGGAAGGAAAGCAUUUAUUGAUGCGAAUGGGAUGAAAAUUCUGUACAACACUUCACAAGAAUGCUUGGCUGUCAGGACCCUUGAUCCUCUUGUCAACACUUCUAGUCUGAUAAUGAGGAAGUGUUUCCCAAAAAACCGCUUGCCACUACCAACCAUUAAAAGCUCUUUCCACUUCGAGUUGCCGGUCAUCCCUGUGACUGGACCUGUGGCUCAGCUCUACAGCUUACCCCCUGAAGUGGAUGACGUAGUAGAUGAAAGUGAUGACAAUGAUGAUGCUGAUUUAGAAGCUGAAAAUGAAGUCGAAAAUGAAGAUGACCUAGAUCAAAGUUUUAAGAAUGAUGAUAUUGAAACAGAUAUUAACAAGUUAAAGCCCCAGCAAGUACCAGGACGCACAGUAGAAGAACUGAAGAUGUACGAGCACCUCUUUCCUGAGCUUGUUGAUGAUUUCCAGGACUAUGAAUUAAUCUCUAAAGAACCCAAACCUCUUGUGUUUGAGGGGAAAGUCCGAGGCCCUAUUGUUGUUCCCACGGCUGGAGAGGAAGUGUCUGGAAACUCAGGUGGUGUAAGGAAAGCAGCUGUACUGAAGGAGAAGAUGUCUCCCAAAGGCGAGGAAGCCAAGGAAGAUGGCAAGGGCAGUGGUGGUCAGAACAGAACUGCUUCCUCAGCUCACAGCUUCAGCAGUGACAUUGUGAAGGCCUUGGACCGGAUCACCUUGCAGAACAGUCCUUCACAAGUAGGCACGAGGAAGGACUGUGGUCUCCCUCUCACGGUCCUCUCGUGCACGAAAGCAUGCCCACAGGUGGCUACGUGCGGAAGUACUCUUUUUGAAGGGCGGACGGUCCAGCUUGGGAAGCUUUGUUGUACUGGAGUUGAAACUGAAGAUGAUGAAGAUAGCGAGUCCAACUCGUCAGUCGAGCAGGCCUCCUCUGUGGAAGUCCCCGAUGGACCAACGCUUCACGACCCAGACCUCUACAUUGAGAUCGUGAAAAGCACAAAGUCUGUUCCAGAGUACUCAGAGGUGGCUUAUCCUGACUAUUUCGGUCACAUUCCACCUCCAUUCAAAGAGCCCAUUUUAGAAAGGCCUUAUGGUGUACAAAGGACAAAAAUUGCCCAAGACAUUGAGAGGCUGAUCCACCAGUGUGACAUCAUAGACCGGGUGGUGUAUGACCUGGACAACCCCAACUAUGCCACUCCAGAAGAAGGAGAUAUUUUGAAGUUUAACUCAAAAUUUGAAUCUGGGAAUCUGCGCAAAGUAAUUCAAAUUAGAAAAAACGAGUAUGACCUCAUUCUGAACUCGGAUAUAAACAGUAAUCAUUAUCACCAGUGGUUCUACUUUGAAGUCAGCGGGAUGCGGCCUGGCGUUGCAUACAGGUUCAACAUCAUCAACUGUGAGAAGUCCAACAGCCAGUUUAAUUAUGGUAUGCAGCCACUUAUGUAUUCAGUUCAGGAAGCUCUAAACGCCAGACCAUGGUGGAUUCGGAUGGGGACUGACAUUUGUUACUACAAAAAUCACUUCUCAAGAAGUUCAGUUGCUGCAGGUGGACAGAAGGGAAAGUCUUACUAUACAAUUACAUUUACUGUGAACUUCCCACAUAAAGAUGAUGUCUGCUAUUUUGCCUAUCACUAUCCAUAUACAUAUUCAACUCUGCAGAUGCAUCUUCAAAAAUUGGAAUCAGCACAUAAUCCUCAACAAAUUUAUUUUCGAAAAGAUGUGCUGUGUGAAACCUUGUCUGGAAACAGCUGUCCCCUGGUGACCAUUACAGCAAUGCCAGAGUCCAGUUAUUAUGAGCACAUCUGUCAAUUCAGAAAUCGUCCUUAUAUUUUCCUGUCUGCUCGGGUCCAUCCUGGAGAAACUAAUGCAAGCUGGGUCAUGAAAGGAACACUGGAAUACCUCAUGGGUAAUAGCCCUACUGCCCAGAGCUUACGGGAGUCCUACAUCUUUAAAAUCGUCCCUAUGCUAAAUCCAGACGGUGUCAUCAGUGGAAAUCACCGCUGCUCUUUAAGUGGAGAGGAUUUGAACAGACAGUGGCAAAGUCCAAACCCAGACUUGCAUCCUACGAUUUACCAUGCGAAGGGGUUACUACAGUACCUGGCUGCAGUGAAGCGCUUACCGCUGGUGUAUUGUGACUACCAUGGCCAUUCUCGAAAAAAGAAUGUGUUUAUGUAUGGCUGCAGCAUCAAAGAGACAGUGUGGCAUACCCAUGACAACUCAGCUCCCUGUGAUGUUGUGGAAGACAUGGGAUACAGGACUCUGCCUAAGAUACUGAGCCACAUUGCUCCAGCAUUUUGCAUGAGCAGCUGUAGCUUUGUCGUGGAGAAAUCCAAAGAGUCCACAGCUCGGGUUGUGGUGUGGCGGGAAAUCGGCGUUCAAAGGAGCUACACCAUGGAGAGCACCCUGUGUGGCUGCGACCAGGGGAGAUACAAGGGUUUACAGAUUGGGACUCGAGAAUUGGAAGAAAUGGGAGCGAAAUUUUGUGUUGGUUUAAUGCGUUUGAAAAGACUGACUUCUUCAUUGGAAUAUAAUCUGCCCUCCCAAAUGCUUGACUUUGAAAAUGACUUAAUGGAAUCCACCUGUAAAGUGACGAGGGAUCCUGACAGCUCUGCGCCCCAGCUUUCCCCUGCAGUCCCUUGAGAUGGCUGGCGCUCUGAUGACACCCUGCCCUGGGCCGCUGCCUCCUUUGCCCUGCUUCCCACUGGACUUUGCCCCGCACUUUCCCUUGCCGACUUUGCUCCGUAUCCUUUCAGUGCAAUAAGCCAUGAGUGUGGACCCCGCUCUGUGCUCCUCUUCCUCUCAACCUGCUGCUCCAUUGAGUUUCUUCCUUGCUUGGUUGUCACAGAGAUGCUAGUGUUUUUGCUGAGAACAACUGGAGCUAGAUCAUACUGUACAGCAGUAGCUCAGCACUGCCAGUGUCGUCAUGGGCUGGUUCCUGCAGACGGUCUCCUCUAAACUCCACCAUCUUCAUUGUAGCUGAUUCUCUCUGUGUACAAGAUGGUGCCAUUGGUGUGUUAUGACUCUGUGCAUGAUGGGUGACCUGACCGUCUGGCUCCCUCCUCUGAGGACUGACUUUUGGCUCAUAGCUGGAGCUUAGUGGUGUCUCCUUCAUUCCUUCUAUUCCUCCCUUCCCUUCUCUCUUUUUCUUUCUUUCUUUCUCUUUUUCCAAAUAGAUGUCCUUUGGGCAGCCAUAUUGUCCAGUAGCUCAGCUGACCUCUGUGUGUGCUUGCACAUGCUUGUAAGUAUGUCAUAGUCAUUUCAGAGUGACACAUAUAUUUCCUAUGAGAAGGAAGGUGGUUGUGACUGUGUUAGGUAAUGUAUGUGAAGGUUCUUCUUAAGUUGUCAAGUACACAGGACAUAUACCAGAGUUCAGCAGAUGAAAAUUAAUUGGUGCGAUUGGCCUUGUGUUCUAAAUCUUUCCCACUGAAGUAAAAUAGUGUGUGUGGGGGUAGGAGCAUUGAUGACUGUGUCAGCCGCCUUGCUCCUCCCUGAAACGGCUGAGGUGGAGGGUCGGGGAGAUCAAGUGGAAGAGUGGAAUGCCAUGCCAGGUAGACAGACAAUAGCACAGUGCUUUAGUCUGGGCCUAAUUCCCAGAGGCAGUCAUUAUAGUGGGGCUCUGCAGAAGAUAAGGGCUCAUGAUGGAAGUGGUUUCACAACACAAGCCUGCAGCUAGGCUGAUUCCCAGGGAGGAACUAGCAGAUGGGGUUGGGAGCAGGAAGGGGAGCCACCAGUAAAUAACCCUCCGGUGUAAACUCACUUGAGCCUGGCAGGGCGAGAGAAUGGCUGUGUUUGAGUAAGGUGCCUGUUGGUGCCUGGAGGAGAAGGGCUGCUGUAGGUCGGAUCCUGACAUCACAUUCUUACAUUCAUAAAGUAUACAACAAACCUUUAUUGAAGCACCUGAAAAGUGCUUCUAGACCUUUCUGGGGGCACAGGAAGUGGGUGAGUGGAGUCAUAGUUCCUGACCUUUGGCUUAGUAUUGAGAAAACAGGCAUGAGAACAGGCAGCUUCAGCUGUGUAUGAUGGUCAGAUGGAAUGUCUGUGUAGGGAACUCAUGCCAAGGAGUUUAGGAGAACUGAGGAUGAAGUCAAGCUGUACUUUGAAAAGAAACACGAGCCAUUGGUAGAAGAAAGUGCGAUGUACAUCCAGUGCAGAGAAAACAGGUAUGACCAAAGUGUGCCAAAGAUCACGUAGGGCUUGGUAUUGUCUGGAGAUUAAGGCUAGCUUCCUUCUGGAGAAUUUUGAGUUGUGUGACUUCCUGAGUGUAUAGAUUUGAGAAUACAGAGGAGGAAUAGAUUUAGUGGGGGAAACAAUGAGUUCUCAGCAUGUAGUGUCUGUGGUGUAGGUCAGAUAGCUAUGUAACAUCUCUAGAACUCCAUGCAGGUACAAGAGGGUUAGGUGAAGUCAGGUUACAUGCUUGCUCUUGGAACUUAAGAGAAUGCAUGAAUGGAGAGCUGGGAACCAAGAGCAUCUUUGUCAGACCGCAUGCUCUGUAGGGCAGCAACAGAGAGGAGAGAGAGCAAACCAGAGUGGAAGAGUCAGAAUUCUCUCCACAGUGAGUGCAGCCGAGCGGCUGGUGGAAAUGGCAGUGGAAUUGGAUUGUGAGGGCUGUGCAUGUGCAGUGUGGAGAAGUGCAUGCCUUCCCUUCCUCUCCUUCCUUAAGCCUGGCUCAUAGACAUGUCUGCUCUGCUCUCUCUCCUCUCUGAUCCCUGCCCGCCUUCCUGGCAGACUCCCAGCAGUGGUGACCGUGUUGCAGGGCCAGUGCUGCUGUGAGCUAGGAGCAGAGCGUUCUGAGGAUCUGGAGAGACAAGGGUCUGAGUGACCAUGGUGGGUACAGUGUGAACUAAGAGAAGGGCUUUGUUUCCUACUCUUUCCAUUCUCCUUACCAGGACAGGUGGCACCAUGAGCAGGGUGCUUGGUGAAUGAAGCAGGUGUGGUUUGUUCAUGCCAAACUGACAAGUAAACCAUGACUUGCCACGAGGGAAACAGCCUCUGGUACAGCCCUGCCCGUCUCUUGCUGCACUCCCCUGGAGCUUGCUCUCUUGGUCUGAGGCUCCCAAGUCUUUGCUGUCCUUACUCUGGCACCUCUCUUGUUCUGUUUCUUACUGGUGUGCAGCUUUAGGAGAUGGUCUUCGGACCCUUUUCUGAUUUCCUGUUAAUGAACUUUGUAUCCACUUGUACACACACAAUCAAUCCUUAUUUUGACCCUGCUCCUUGUAACCGACCUGGUUCCAGCCUCUGCUCUCCCAGUGGCCAUUGAGCUACAUCUGCUGGCUCAGGGUCUCUUCAGCGCUGCCCCUAACGUGUGGGGUCUGUCGCCUUGCUCCCUCUUGCCAAGCACUGUCUCUGCCUUUGUGCCUCACCUGCCUGGAGCUGCCCUGUCCUCCACCCUCUAGCUGCCUCUCUGAUGGGCCUGCCGUGCUCCUCUCUGGCUGUCAGUCCGCAGCCAGGACUAAGCAAAUAUGUGCCAGGGAGUUUGCCUGUUCUCUUCAUUUGUUCCCGUCUCAGCCUCGUAAGACUCACCUACAAUUUUAGGAGUGUCUGAAACACUGAGGUCAAAGGUGAACCAAUAUUUCAAAAGCAAGAGAGAUAGUAACAACCAUGCCAAAAAACAGACAAUCUUUUUUUACAGUCUUUCUGCCCAUGAAUUUUUAACUAUGUGUUUAAAUUUCAUAGUAAGUUGUCCUUGUAAAUGUUGGAUCUACUAAGUCUUGUUCAUUUUCCAAGCCAGUCAACAUCUUUAUCUGAACUGUGGUAUGCUGUGUAAGCUAUGAACAUUUUUGUUGUCGUUGUUGUUUGUUUGUUUCAAGACAAGGUUUCUUUCUGUAGUCCUGACCAUCCUGAAAUUUGCUCUGAAGACUAGUCUGGCCUGGAACUCAGAGAGCCAUCUGCUUCUGCCUCCCAAGUGCUGGGAUUGAAGGUGUGCUCCACAACCACUGGGCAAGAAAGCUCUGAGCUUCUAAGAGAAAAAUCAUUAUGUGUCAGAGUAAGAUGGCUUGCAGUCCUAUCCCCACUCCCAACACAGACACAGACAUAUGUGCACGCAUGUGCACACACACUCUCCACACUUUCCUCUGCAAGGGCAAAGCUCACUAGAGGAAGAAGUGCUUUUUCAAACAGAAUUGACUUUUUCCAUCACAGUUGAACUCUAGGAUCCCCUUGCCUUCUGCUCCAGCGUGCUGGCCUGGGGUUUUGUGCUCAGCUGUGCAUUCUCUCAUCUCCAGGGUCGACUGACUCUACACUUCUUAUUUUAACAGACUGUUUUCUCUUUUGUAUAGUUGUAUAGCUUUUGGUUGUUUCACCUAUCAGAAAUAGUUGUUUGGAAGUGGCCUGUAAGCAAACAUACAUAUGAAAUUUGUGUUCAUUUGGACACAACUGCGGGGUGUGUAGAUUGUCCCAGCAGUGUGUCCUUGAUGUGAGUGUGUAAUUCCCACCACUGGGAAGCAGUCAUGGGAGAGCUGUUUUCAUCCCUCACACACUUCCUGAAGAAAUAUGCACAGACAUCUUAUUCUCUACCCGGUGGGAAGUAGUCAGUCUGUGUGUUGAGUAGUCACAUUGUGGGGAUAUGGCUGUGACCAUUUCACAGCAGCGAGUCACUGUAGACAUCAAUGGUUCUAACUCCCUGUUGCCUGAUUUGCAGGGAUUAAAAUAGGAUUUUAAGAUAAAUCUUCAAAAUGUGUGUGUUGAUGAAAUCCUUGAACUAAUAACCCUUGAGUGAAUCUUCUUCCCUUGUGCCUAUGAUGUACCGUGUGUGGACCCUUCAGUGUCACUAAAGACGGCCGGCCAUGUCACCCCACUACUGGGGCAGGUGGCUUUCAGCUGUUAUGAACACCUUGUUCAUUUGUGUGAAGUCUCCAGUUAAUCCGAGCUGCUUGUAUUACUGAGGUCCAGGUUGAUACCUGUGAGUGGGGUGUCCAAGUCUGGGUCUCACGAAGCCUUGUGUGUUCUGUGCUUUG